UCGACUUGCUCGUCGCUCCGCCCCCGGCAGAGUCGGCGCCACCAUGGAGGAGUACCAUCGCCACUGCGACGAGGUUGGCUUCAAUGCUGAUGAAGCCCACAAUAUCGUUAAAGAGUGUAUAGAUGGGGUCUUGGGUGGUGAAGAUUACAAUCAUAACAACAUCAACCAAUGGACCGCAAGUAUAGUGGAACAAUCCUUAGCACAUUUGGUCAAGUUGGGAAAAGCUUAUAAAUAUAUUGUGACCUGUGCAGUGGUCCAGCGGAGUGCAUAUGGCUUUCACACAGCCAGCUCAUGUUUUUGGGAUACCACAUCUGAUGGAACCUGUACUGUAAGAUGGGAAAACCGAACCAUGAACUGUAUCGUCAAUGUUUUUGCCAUUGCUAUUGUCCUGUGACAGACUAAAAAUGUUUGGCCAAAGCCAUUAACUUAAGAAUUUGUCAGUGUAUCCUUUCUAAAAAAGAGUAGUAGUUACUUCUUAAUGUGCUAGAUAACAAGCGUGCAGUAUGCUUCCAAGCUAUCAACAAAAACUGAAUGUUAUAAGCAAGCAAUCUCAUAGUAAAUUGGCAGAUUAUCUCAUAUUCUAUACAGCAUCAUUUAAAUAGGAUAAUUUAAUGUCAGCGAAAAACAAAUAUGGAAACGUGGCAUGACAUGAAAAUACAGUCUUACGUUUACACUGGUUUUUCACUGGCAUUAUGUACCUGAGGAGAUGGGGAAAUCCAUUCAGAUACAACAAUUCUCUUUCAGCUAGAGAAGUUAACAGGGAUAAAUAUAUGAACAAAAAAAGUUGUAAGGAUAAAUGUGGAGAAAAUAAUAAUUAGCUAACACAUCUUAGUUUUUUUAUUUCUUUUCAUCGCUUAGUUGUACAUAUGAUUUAGUGGAAAGUAAUUCUGCUCUUUUUUUUAUAUCAACUAAUAUUACAGUAGCAACUAUUAUUAACUAGUUUACUUUGUCCGAGCAUUGUUAAGACAAUGUUUUAAAUUUCAAAUUCUUGGAUUUACGUUUGAGGGCGAAUUAAAUCUGGUAACCCAAAUUCCCUAGUUAAACAAAAUUAGUAAUGGUGUAUGAUGGAAAGUAUCUGACUCCCAACAGCUGCCUUACAAAUCACUCAUUCCAUGUGGAACAAACAUUUGUUGAAUGCCUAUCAUGAGCGUAUUUCUCUGCUAGGCAUUAUAGUUAUCAAUAUAUUGUUCAAAUUCUACAUUUCUUUUGGCACCUGUUCAGUGGGACAACUAACACUUAUUAUUUGGGGAAGACAAAAAAAAAGAGUUGUUUUACAAGAGAGGAAAAAAAGUGAAUCUGGUUAUUCAUGUAGAAGUAAGCAAAAUGAAAAGCACUUAUUGCUGACAGAAUUAUAGAUGUAAUUUUAAGAAUUGCUCCUAGCAAGUAAAAAAAAUGCAUAAAAUAUGCAACUCUUAGUUAAAGGCCUUAUUAGCAGUUUAACUAUGUAAGUAGUAAAUGUUGUCAUUGCUUAAGUUAAAACCAUCUGUAAAUAAUUUUAAAUACUAAUUAUGUGGGGUUCAAAUUGAAUGGAGUAAAGUAUAAAUUAAAAGUAUACACUCAUUAGCAGGUUAUUGAAUAUCUCAGGGCAUAUGAAAUGUAGUUCAAUUUAUUAAGAAAAUAAAAGAUGAAAAAUUAGUGUGCACAGCUGGCCACCAAAUGCGAAGUCAGUCUGCUAUUUAACUUUGAAAACAAAAUCAAUUUUGCAUAUUACCACUAACACUAAUUUAUAUAGGGAGUGGAGCCGUGAUUCAUUGAAUUUGGGGGAUAAAGAAAAGCUUAGCAUUAGUAUUGACAAUAUUAAGAUAGUAUUCUUGUGGGAAUACUAUGUGCAUGUUUGAUAUUUUGCUGAGUAACGAUAAUUGUUCAAUGUUUAAGGAGAAUAUUAAGAAAAUACAAGGAUAGAGUUUAAUGCAGUGAUCUACAUUUUUGGCACAUCAAAAAGUCUCGUAGUAAUUAUCUUUUUGUUACUUUAUGCUACUGGCUUUUGUGCCCUUGAAGGUGAUAAUAGUGACCAAAAUAUCUGUGCAGUUAAGGCUCGCUUUGAUUAUUGUUACUGAAGCCUAAUUUUAAAAGAAGAAUAAUCAAAAAUACCUCGUGAACUUGCUGUCUGCUCUGUUUCUAGUUAAAAUAUAAUAAAGAUUAUCUUCCUGUGCUGUA